GUAAUUAUCUUCGAACAUAACCUCCACAUCUUGCAGAGCAAAACUGUAGAUUUACUGGCAAAAAUUGAGUGGAUUUUUUACCUUGGUUAUGUUUUAGUUGCUAGGAGUCGACUAUUAUUCGGCAUCUGUCUUGUGCUUGUCUGUUAACAUCAACGAUGCUGCUUUAAAAAAACUGAUGAUAACUACUUAAACUUGAGCCUUUGUUUCGAGCCGACGUCUAUUUCCUCUGUCUUCGUUAUACUUCCCUGUUAACUUCAAACAUGUUGUUAGCUAUAAUUAUACUGACGAUGGCUUCUUAUACUUCUGCCUAUAUUGGUAUUGUACAUAUGAAACCAGUUGACGGUAUUGAACCUGGAGUGACAACUAAUAUAUCAAUAACAAUAUUGUAUGCGACCGAUAAUUUACUUUACUUCGAAUUCCAACAAAAUGGAGUUACAGUGGUACAUAUACAAUAUUACUCAAAUGACAAGAGAUACAAGAGAGUAAAUACUAUCAAAGGUUUCAACUGCUCUUUCCCUACUACUGCUAAAGUAGAUUAUAUUACCUGUUGGAAAUAUAAACCCACUUGCGAAGAUGUAGCAACCUACUCAUGUAAAACAUUCAAAGAAGUUUCAAUAUCGAGGAUAUUUAAAGCAAAUUCUAAGUUAGAAGCUCUGGAAAUUGUCAAGACAGAUAAGGAAAAAGUGGAGCGAUUAACACACUUGACAUGUAUAGCAAGUGUUGGUAUACCUGUUAAGCCGCUUUCACUCUUUGUGUGGAUUGUAACAAGACAUGGUAAAACAUAUAAAACCUACAAAGAAGAAAAAGUUCUGUAUACUUCCGGCUGUUAUUCUAAGGUAACAUCAGAUUAUACUCUUACUUCACCAAUCGAUGACGUAUUUGACACAAAUAUCACAUGCAAAACACAUUUUGGUUCGCUUACCAAACGAAUCUCCGAUUGGUCGUCAGUUUAUAUGAUAAGAAAUUAUUCUGAACCAUUGAAACAAACAACUCCUUAAAGUAAAGUAGGUAAAU